CCUUACGUUCAACAAACAGAACAGAAUGUGUAUGAAGACGAAGCGCUGAAUUUAUAUUAUCUUCGUGAACUACGGAUAUGAUUCUAUAGCAGAAUAUGGGAGUGAAGUUCAAUUCCAAGGCAUAUCGUUUUACAAGAAGUCGGCUCUGAUUGGCUCCCUAUGGCUGAUAUCACAUUGAAGCUGAUCUGGUAUCGGCUUGGGGAGAGUUUCGACAAAAUGGCGAAUGCGGGCCAGGGAAUUACGGCUUGGUUGUUUUCUGACUGGGACGAUAAUUUAUUGGAUGUUUUGCUUUUCGGGUGGAUCGGCUGGGCAGUAUUAGUCGUUAUCAUUGUCAAUGCAGUGCUGACAUUUUUCGGGCCUUUGAAACCCCGCGAUAGUUGGGACCACAGUACUGUCGGGGUUUCAGGGCCGAUUGUAACAGACAAAACCGGAGCGGAAUCCUGUCAAUGGUUAAACUCGGCUUUAAAUUGGUUCUACUUGCAUUAUGACAAGUUUCCAGAGUUUGUGGACGCUUGGGUAUUGGGUUUAAAUGAACAGACAAUCAAACUUGGGGGACCAGUACAGCUAAAGUUUGAACGCGUCAAGUCAGGAAGUCUGCCCCCGAAAUUCAGUGAGGUGACCUUCCAGGCGGGUCCAGAGGAUAAAUAUGUUGUCAAAUGUAAGGUGGAUUCCAAAGACUUGUCGUUUGCCAUCUUUGCCUCCCAACAGACGACGGAGGGCGUUAAACUUACCAACCUGAACACCAGCAUUCUCAAGCUGAAAGGCUCGCUUCGGUUGGAAUGUUUUACGCACGGCAGUGAUAUGAUGGCUAAGGUCGCCUUUGAAGGUCGUCCUGAUGUUCGCAUUGUUGGAAAACCUGUGAAUCCAUACCAGGACCCAUCAGAUUUAGUGGACAUUGAGGUGGUGGAAGAGGUGGUCAGAAAUGCCAUCUGUCUGGCCACCACAGAAUUCAACAUCACCAAAUGGGUGACCGGUCAGUCCCAGAAUAUCCCCCGAGUGUGUGGAGGGUCCCCCGCCUCUUCCCCAGUCUCACCAAAGCCCCGCACAGAGGAAGUCUUCAAACCCAUCGAAGUCAAGCAGACCCAGAGCUCUUUCCAGUCUCCUGGCUCCAGCUUUGCCGCCCCCACACCCAGGACAAACAAGAGCUCUGAGGACAAACGACUGUUGGUCAAGGUCAUCAAAGCCAGUGGACUGGCCACCAAAGGUGUGACAGGAACUAUAGACCCUGCCUGUGUUGUGUUCAUGGACAAUCCACCCCAGAGUCAGAUCACCAGUGUCGUCAAAAUGUCCGUCAAUCCUUUCUGGGACGAACAGUUCUUGUUUGAUCUGACUGGAAAUACAAGAGAACUGAAGUUUGAGGUCAUUGACAAAAGCAGACCUACUGGAGAGAACUUUCUUGGUGAGGCUAUUGUGUACUAUGAGGACAUUAAGAGGAAUGCCAGCAGUCGGCAGAUCAUCCCCCUACAGGGCGUCACGGACGACGGCAAUAUGGCCAGCGGCUCCAUUACUGUGGAGUUUCUGUUUCUUGACCCUGUGGACACUAAUGGGUUGGGCCCAGUGAUGAACCAGAAGAAUAGAACAAUCCAAGUGAAUUAGGACAUAUUACUUACUGGAGUAUUACUUUCAUAUGUUUAUUAUUUUAAUCAUUACCAGUAUUCGGGGCAUGUACAACUCCUGGUUACCACGACAACAAUGACAACAGAGAGACAGCAGAAAAAUCAGAGACAUGAGGCUGCAGUUGAUGCAUCCCCACAUUUUAUAGAGAAGCAAAAUGUUUUUGAUUUUGAUAUGUCGGAAAACACAAGUAUAGACACAUUGAAUACGACCAACGCCAGUAUGCAUCGCCAGAAUUUGUCUCUGUCCUCGUCAGCAGAAGUAGUAACUAUGAAUGGGGUUGAAUCGGUGGCUGAGACUGCCAUUCGUGAAUUAAAGGACAGGAAGUUCAAAUCUAAAACUCCAUCUAGGACUAGUACACUCAUCAUUACAGGGGUCCAGAAGAGUCCUGAAGACCUGCAUCAGGAUGUUCCCGUGGUAACGACCCAACCUCCAUCACCAGGUCAUCAAGAGAAAGAUAGAAAGAAGGGCAUGUCCCUUGCAAGGCAAAUCAAGAAAAGAUUUUCUCGCUCAAAGAAGCGCUCACGCAGUGCAGAAAGGUCGAGCAAUUCUUUGAGAGAAGGCUCAAACUAUCUGCAGCCACCAGACACUGGCCAUGGGAAGCCACAAUCUAAAGAUGACAUUGAGUUAGUUAGAGGAAAGGCAGAGCCACCCGGAACUCCAAAUCUGAAGAAAUCUCGUUCCCUCGGGGGAAGCCUUAAAAAACUGUUCCGCAGGGGAAGGAAGCAGCAGCGAACACAAGGGGAAACCUCCAGGGAGAGUUCAUUUUCCCGUUCCUCAACACGCAAUGUCUCACAAGGCCCCUCUAGGGAGGGUUCAUUAAACAGAAAUGUUGACCCAAAGGAUAUGCAAUAUCAACAGACAUUAAUUUCAUAGCAUUUGUUAAUUAUUAAUCAUAAAGUAUAUGAGAAAAUUUUAUAUAUUUUCAUAUAGAAAAACUAUUGAUAUGACUCAUGAAGCUGUAGCCUAGCUAGUAUUUAUAUUUUUUGAUAUAAUUAUCAGAAAACAAAAAUUACUUUCAUAACUGAGAUUGGAUUAAAUCACAAUUAAUGGCAAAGAUACGAUUAAUUUUAUCAGUACUUUCUUUUAAAGAAACAAAUGUUUUCAUGGUGGAAAAAAAAUAACAUUGCUUAUAUCUGCAUCUAUUGAUCUGAAAAGAUUGUUAUGAAUACAGUGCUAGCUAUCUAAUCAAACAAAUCUGUUUCACUGUGAAUUCCAAACUUUAUUAAAAUUCCCAUUUUAUUCUGUUCUUUACACCUUGUAAUCCAGCCCCCUGUCUAUUGUGACGCAAAAUUUGUCCCCCAGUGAAUGUUGGAUUAGACAGAUUGCACUGUAUUUUCAAUCAGUGGUGGAAAACAAGGUCCCAUAUGAUUUUUGUUUAAAUUUACAUUGAUAUUAGUUUUGUAAGUCAGUAAAAGGUUAGCUUAUUAGCAUUAGCAUAAUGUUUUCAGUUCCUAACAGUCAUUUAAAUGCUUUUAUUAAUUGAAUUCAUAUAAAGUAUGCAAGGAUCCUUCUGUCUGCCAUUAUUUUCUGUUCAGUUAUUUUUGUCACACAAGGUUUUCAUCUGCUUUUUUCCAUGGAAAAAAAUCCUAUUAUGUAAAGAAAAAUGCCCCAUAGUGUUUGCAAUCAUACUUCUCCCCUCCGAAUGUCGCCUCAAAAAUGAACACAGACCAUGUAAAGUAAACACUGUUAAGUCUGUAUACAUGUACAUUACUGUAAACUUUUAUAUUCAUAUGGGAUGUUUAAGCAUAAUAUUUUCACCUUGUAUAAAAUAUGCCUUAAUUAUUGUUCCUUCUUGUGAUUUUCCCUUUAAAUAUACCUCCUGUAAAAGUGUUUUAUUAUAUUAACUUUUUUUGUGUACAUUUCAAGAGCUUCUUAGUUAUUUCAACAUUGUGUUUUUGGCUGCCUGUAAAUAAUAUGAUUUGUGUGUAUUGUAUUAAACACUGUUCGUAUUGUAAAAAGUAUUACAUUAUUAGGAAUUUCUAGAUUGGUCUAUGACCAAUUUUCAGAUAAGCCUGUAAAAUUUGUGAUAUCUAUAGCGUAGGACUAAAUUAUUUUCAAAGAUAUGUUUCUGAUUAUAGACUUGUUGAUGCAAGACUUUGAAGCAAGUUUCAAGUUUCCUGCGUUAAUUCUUUUUUAAUAUUUAAGGGAAAAAAAGUGUUAUAAUUACUUUUAAAACAAAAACUUAUGGUAUUAAAACUAUUAUUUCUGUUUUUAUUAGUUCUAGUAAACUUAUUUAAAGCAUUUAAAACACAUGUUCCACAAUACUGCUAUUAUAACCAGCUUCCAAUUUAAAUAAAGAUCUCUUCACUUUUUACUAAGGUUGUGAAAUGUUGUGUCAAGUAGACCAGAUUUAAUUAUAGAAGAAUCCAUGGUUUAAAAAAGCAAAAUUUUGGUAUGUAAAAAGAAUUCAUGGAUAUGCUUGGUUUUAUGGAGUAUCUAUAAAUAUUUUUUUUUUCUUCUUAAAAAAUUGGAAAUAAUACUGAUAUUAUGGAGGACAAUUGGGAGUUUACAUGGUUUAUGUAAGCCCUUCUCUUUUGUUAGUUACUAGUUGUGUGAUUGUUUCUUCAAAAUUGAUUAUACAUUUAUCAGUAUAUUAAAAGGAAACUGACAAAUGUUUGAAACAGUAUUUUUACACAGUCUAGUCCAUUAUUGUUUAUAUACUGUAAAAGAUGUUAAGUUUUUAAUGUUCUGUGAAUUUUUAUUUGAGAAAUUGUAUAUUUUUCUUUCUCUGUGCAGAAAUCCAACAAAAUAAUACUAUUUUCAAAGUUAUAUUUAGCAAAACAUUGAUGAAACAGACCAUUAAAAUAAUAGAAAGUUAUUACAGGUGAAAGAAUUUAUUUUGAUAUUAUUACAAGGAAAUGCUGAAUACCUAGUAAAAAAUCAAGAAUUUGAGCAUUCAGGAAAGUACUUUGCUGUUAAUGUUUCAUUGAUCUCCAGAAUUUUCUUGAAAAAUUUCAAGAUUUUUUUUUUUAAAUAUACUACUUGCUGAACUUUGUAUUCUGAUGAUGUAUUUUUUUUUUUUUUCAUUUUUGAGUGCAUUUAAAAAUUCUUUUUUUUUCUCUCUCUCUUUUUAGGAAAUGAAAUGCAUUUGGCCUGUAAAUGUCAUGUAGUUUGUUUGGUAUAUUGUACUUGAGUACCCCAAACUGUUGGUUACUUGUUAAGCCUUUCUUGCUAAUUUGCUUUGUACUUUUUUUGGUCUAACUUUGACCUUGGCAAUCAUUUAAUAUAGAAAAAAUAUUUAUCCAAAGACAAAAUCAAUGUAAAUUGAAAUUGAACUUUAUGUGACAAGACUUGACACAAUGCAGAAGCGAUUGAACAUUUUUUUUUAUUCUUAAGUUGUAGUAUUUCUAGAUGUAAAAGUGUCUUGCCAAUGCAUGAAUAGAAGAUUUGAUUUUUUUAAUGUGAGUGUGUGUAGGACCAAAGAUUCAUGAAAUAAAAAAUGCCACUGUA